GUCAGGAGGAGGAAGUGGAGAAUGGCAGCACACUCUCGAAAGAAAGCAGUGUGGAGUACCGCGACUCAACGGGUGUGGACCUUCACCGUUUCAUCGUGGACACGCUGAACAGUAACCCCAGAGACCGCAUGAUGAUGCUUAAGCUGGAGCAGGACAUGGUCACCUUCAUCACGGGAGAAAGCACUUUCAAGAAGUUCCCGCACAUGUCUUCGUACCACCGCAUGCUGGUGCACCGCGUGGCCGCCUUCUUUGGCAUGGAGCACAACGUGGACCAGACGGGAAAGUCGGUCAUCAUCAACCGCACCAGCAACACCCGGAUACCGGCGCAGCGUUUCGUGGAUCAGGUUCAGGAUGACAAAGCCGCGGAGAUCCCACACUGGAAAAGCAUUUUGAAACGUAACAGCAGCACAGAUGAGCAGACACGACGCCACACCUUGCGCGACAAGCAAAGCAAGUCUAUGGAGGAGCGAGAGGAAGAGUAUCAAAAAGUGCGAGAGAGAAUCUUCAACCAGGAGCCUCUCUGCACAAAAGAGAGUGGCCACAUUGAGAGCAGGCUCGCAGAGGAAGGCAACCCGUACGCCGAGACCCAGAGGAGAAGGCAGCUCUUCAGGGGCAGCCGUGACAGCUCCGGAUCCAGCUGGACAGGCAGCAGCCGCCAAAGCAGCACCGAGACCGACUGUCGCUACGCCAAUGAGCCCCGGCCGUGGAGCAGCACCGACUCGGAUUCCUCCUCGUGCCAGUGGACCGCCACCGCUCCCAAGCCCCGCCCCCACCCGGCCGCCAAUCCCGGCUGGGAGCCCCAUGGCGCAGCAGGUUCCGUCUCUCUCUACAGGGUGUCCUCCGAGCAACCCGUCAUGGCCGAGACCCCUGCCCACCCCGCUUACAUCCUAGAGAACGGCAUCCCACCGGGAAGCAUCCUGGUCAACCCGCACACCGGACAGCCUUUCCUGAACCCUGAUGGAAGCCCCGUGGUGUACAACCCGCCUGGUGCUCAGCAGCCAAUCAGGAGCCAGAUGCACGGAGCUCCGGCACAGCAGCCUACGCAGCAGCCUACACAGCAGGUGUACUCAUCCGUCUCAUACACGGCCCCGCAGAUGUUGCCCAUGGCCCCUUCACAGCCAUACCCCGCCAUGGAAGACCUGUCGCAGCAGUUUGCCCACGUAGCUGUCAGCUGUCAAUCGGCAGGGGAAGCCGCGCCCAUUUGCCCUCCCGCCCAAGGCUACGUGUUCGCAGCCCCGCCACCGCCGUCCCAUCCCCCUGUCGCCCCUCAAGUUCCCAACCCCCACAACUACUGCCAGCCCUCACCACAGGUGCCUGCCUUCUACUACAGCCAGUAUCCUACCUCAGCUCAACACCCGGUCAAAGCCGCCUCGCCAGGCUGCAGCGCAGGUUAUGUCCCGCAGCAGCAGUCGUACACGGCCAUGUCGCCGCACCACUGUAGCAUUCUUCAGAGCGGGGUUUGUGUGUAUCAACCCAGUAAACUCGGUGAGGCGGGAUACUGCUGCAUGGUGGCACCACCGAAUCCCCACUGUGGUCCCGCCUGGACCACAUAACAUUGAUGACACACACACACACACACACACACACACACACACACACACACACACACACACACACACACACACAUACACGUAUAAAUUUUUCCCUACCGCAUGUUAACACAAAGCACUCUCACAUUAAUGCACUGUACCAAAGCUUCAUAGUACAUCUAUAAAUUUAUAUCUACAGUAUAUAGAAUUAAACACCAGGCUGCUGUAUUGACUGCAUAAUUUAUACUAUACACAAAAUUGAGUUUUAUAUUGAUAUGAAAUGGUUAUAUAUUGUGAUUGAUGCCAAAAAAACGCACUGUGUGUGAAUAUAUUUAAUAAACGCACAUGGCAAAGUCCCGUUUGAUGGAUCCAGGUCAGUCUCUUUCGCGCCGCCGCGGCACGUGCAGUCUCAUGAUACAAUUUUAUUUUCCAAUUAUUCAUAUAAGAACGUUUUUUUUAAAUCUGGAUUUUCUUACUCAGGCUCUUCAGCGCCACCUACUGCCCAAAGAAUGUAACUUCAAGCAUUUUAAAUAUUCGCUUGUACAAAUGGUGUUAAAAAUUUCAUCAUGUCAUAAAGUCUAUCAUUCAAGACAAAGAAAAAAAUCAUAACUAGGCGCUAUUAGUGGCAAAAAAAAUAAAUCAUGCCAUAACCCUUUAAGCACCAACGUUCCAAAAUUGCACAAAGCAACAUUUACAGUCUGGCUGCAUCUAUCACCAUAUUCGAGCUAAAACCUUUUGAAAUAUU